AUGCAACUGGCUUCCUUCUUAGUCAUCCUGAUUGCUGGACAUGUGUCUGUACCAGUGGAUUGUAGGCCAAGGCUCCAGGAUUCAGAACAACUAGCUCAACAUCAGCAGGAUCGAUUGAACGCGGCAACAAAUGCAGAUCCAUCUGCCGGUAUGGGACGCUUCUACUCUGUGCUGAAUGGAUCAAUGAGACACAGCAUUUACAGCGGCUUUCUGGUCACUUUGCCUGUGAGAACAGCUUCCAGCAACUUUGUGUCAAUAUUUGAUUUGAGAAGAAAACAUUUCAUCUGCAUGGACUUUAAGGGAAAGCUGCACAUAUCUAGGCAAAGGGACAGAGAAGACUGUCUCUUCCAGGACAUUUGGUUAGAUUUAGUAAGCCACCAUCAUGUGUUUUACUCUACAAGCGGGAGAAGGCUGCUCAGACUACAAGGAGGUCAUCUGCGAGUGGCACAUGGCGAGCCGCCUGAACACUACUUAGCCCCGCUGAAGAGGCUCUUGAAUCCCUCGGUUAAAAGACAGAGAAGGAGCGAAGAGGUGAACCCCUCUGAUCCUUUACGAACAGAAGCAAAUCCCUCACGUUCUGGAAAAGAUCUCAGAGAUGCAGAUCACGUUCGGCCUGAACAGGAUCAGACGGGCGCUGUGUCUAAAGAGACCAUCGCCUCCUGCGACGACCCCCUGUCCGUCUUACAGCCCAACGCGCCUGGAAGCCCUGUGAAGACUAACAUUGCAGACCGGGCAGACCAAGCCUAA